AUGGCUGAAGAGGAGCUUUCUGAUGCUCAACUCCAGCAAUUGCUCAGGGGUGCCGAGGAGCGCUUGAGGGCCGCCAAAGGGAAUAUCAAGGGAAAUACCGCAGCCAGCUCGCUGGCAGCUCUCCAACAACUUCCGAAGAUUGCACCCCAGAAUCCUCUAGUUCCAUUCGUGAGCAAAACGGCCCAAGGUGCUCAGGUCGAUGCCUCGAAACUCGUGAAUCCCGAGCAACGGAAACUAGCCAAUGGGUUCAGGACAGUCGAAGAUCCGGUCAUGGUCAGAGAGAGAGCAGCUAAGAUGAAGAAAGCUACUGCUGGUGCCAGCUGGUACGACCUCCCACGAACAAAUUUGACUCCGGAACUCAAACGAGACUUCCAACUACUCAAAAUGAGAUCGGUUCUGGACCCAAAGCGGCAUUACAAGAAGGAGGGUUCAAAGCAAGAGAUACCGGAAUUCUCACAAGUCGGUACCAUCAUUGAAGGGCCAACAGAAUUCUUCAGCGCGAGAUUAUCAAACAAGGAUCGGAAGCGAACCUUGGUUGAAGAGGUGCUUGAGGGCGAGAGAGCUACUCAGCGCUUCAAGACCAAAUACAAUGAGAUCCAGGCUGCCAAGACAAGUGGCAAGAAGGCUCAUUACAAGAAAAUGAGGUCCUUGAGACGUGGCACGAAAGGUUGA